AAAUGCCAAUCUGUGGAAGGGGAAUUUCAUGUAAAAUAUACUUAGGCAAUUUCAACUCUAAAUUUUAGACAGUAGGUUUAUUGCUAUCUUCUCGUACAAUUCUUCUUAACAUUACUUAAACAACUAUGGCGGAUAAGGAGAAGAAAAAAAAACCAAAAAAGAAGGAGGAAGCGCCCGCAGCUGAGGCAAAAGCAGAGCCUGAUGCAGCACCAGCCCCAGCAGCUGCCCCCGCGCCAGAACCUGAACCAGCAACGAAAUCUCCAUCAGAAUCUAAUAGAGCUAGCCGUGGCAGUAAACGAACAAAACGAUCUGGCUCAAAUGUAUUUUCUAUGUUCUCGCAGAAACAAGUGGCGGAAUUUAAAGAGGGUUUCAGUAUGAUGGAUCAUGACAAAGAUGGAAUAAUUUCUAAGAGUGAUUUACGCCAUACUUACGAUCAAGUCGGACGUUUAUGUAAUGAAAAAGAGUUAGAUGAAAUGAUUGGAGAAGCGUCUGGUCCUAUCAACUUUACACAACUACUUAAUCUUUUUGCAACUCGCAUGUCUGGAUCUGGAGGUGCUGAUGAUGAUGACGUUGUAAUGCAAGCGUUUAAAAGUUUUGAUGACGGCAAUGGAAAAAUUGACGCACAAAGAUUAAAGAAAGCUCUCAUGACUUUCGGAGAUAAAUUUACUCAAAAGGAAAUAAAUGAUGCAUAUGAUCUAAUGGAUAUUGAUGACAACGGAAAGAUAGACACCGAAAGUCUUAUUAACAUGCUGCUGGGUACAGGUGAAGAAGAAGAGUCAUAAUGACUACAUAUUUCUACAAAAAAUUAUAAAUUUUUUUAUUUAUAUAUUUUUAUGAUCAAGAAUUUACUUGAAAAAGUAUUGAAAUAAUUUUAAAUCUUUUGAAAAAAAUGUCAACAUCAUUUUUUAAACAUUCAAUAAUAAUGAACAAAUAUAUAAAUGUAAAUAUGUUACUGCAUUGAUGUAAAAUAAAAUUUCAAUGACAAUAGUA